UGUCCAUUGAUUAUAUUUUCAUUCACAUUUCAAAAAGUCACUUUUAACGCAUAGCAGACGAUACUAAUCAAUUAAUCUAAUCUUUCUUGAGCACAUUGUGAUGUGUUUAUCAAGAGUAGAACACAAUUGCACUCUAAUUAGACGAUAGUUUCACAAUUUUAAUAAAUUACAACAACGAAAUAAGUGUUAUUACUAACGUAAUUUUUAACCUCAAAAAACACGUUUUACUGUAAAAGGCCAGAAUGCGUAAAAUGUAUUUUAUAGUUGAUGAAACUUUUUCUAUUGUUUCACUGAUUUAGUUUUAUUAUUUAAAUAUUAUUUACAAUAUUAAAUAUUGUAAAUUAAUAAAUAAUUCAUUAUUUUAAUGAAUAAUCUUUUAUUGUUUCAAAAUGAGUUACAUUUUAAGAGGUUAUCAGAAAUUGUUAUCCCGAUUUCCUUUGGGAAUGCAAGCUUUACAAGCAGGCACUUUAAUGGCAUUGGGAGAUCAAAUAGCACAAAAUUUAGUCGAAAAACGAAGGUUUGAUGAAUUGGAUUUUAAACGUACAGCAGGAUUUGCAGGAAUAGGAUUUUUUAUAGCUGGUCCGGCUACUAGGACUUGGUACGGAUUUCUCGAUAAGAAUAUCGGUUCUAAAGGAGGAAUAGUAACGUUAAAAAAAGUUGCAUGUGAUCAGUUACUUUUUGCGCCAUUUUUUCUGAGUAUUUUAGUCGUGGUAAUUGGCGUUUUACAGGGAAACGAAAUGGAAAGUAUUAAACAGAAACUAAAAAAUGAAUAUCCUGACAUUCUCGCUAGUAAUUACAAGUUAUGGCCUGCAGUGCAAUUGCUAAACUUUGGCAUCGUUCCACUACAGUAUCAAGUACUGGUCGUUCAAACCGUAGCUCUUUUGUGGAAUACGUAUAUUUCUUACAGGACCAACAAGGAUUCAACCUUCAAAUCUAAAAAUUAAUUAUUCAGCUAAUAGAUUAAAUAUUUUAACUGCCUUCCAGCAUUAGAAUUGUAAGUGUACAAUAAAUUUAUUUUUCUAAUUUAAA